GGGAGCGGCACUUUGCGUCACGUGGGGCCCGCCCCUUCCAGGGCCUGGGCUCGGUAUGUUCUGCCGUCUCGGGCGACGUCGUGGAAGCAAGAUUUCCGCGGUUGUGUAACGGCACCUCGCGGGCUUGUAGAGAGACCUGAGCUCGGCCGCAUCCCUUCUCCUGGCCCCUGGUGUCCGGCAGCCUAACAUGGCCUGGGCGGCGGCGCCCGGGGGCUGCGGAGCCCGUGGCGCGCUCUCGGUGCACACGCUCCUGUUUGACCUGCCGCCCACGCUGCUGGGCGAGCUCUGUGCGGUCCUGGACAGCUGCGACGGAGCGAUGGGCUGGCGCGGCCUGGCGGAGAGACUUUCAAGGAGCUGGCUGGAUGUUCGUCACAUUGAAAAAUAUGUCGACCAAGGUAAAAGUGGAACGAGAGAACUACUUUGGUCCUGGGCACAGAAAAACAAGACCAUUGGUGACCUUCUACAGAUUCUUCAGGAGAUGGGACAUCAUCGAGCUAUCCAUUUAAUUGCAAAUUAUGGAGCAGUUUUGAAUCCCUCAGAACCGAGACAUCAGGGAGAUGGAUUUCCAAACAUGUUCUCCAAGGAAACAGCCAAUGUCAUGGUGGAUAAUGUUCUUAUUCCUGAAGAUAAUAACAAAGGAAUGUUGCUUAAAUCUUCUAUCAGCUUUCAAAACAUCAUAGAAGGAAGCAACAACUUCCACAAAGACUUCCUAAUUGGAGAAGGGGAGAUUUUUGAGGUGUACAGAGUGGAGAUCCAAAACCAAACCUAUGCCAUUAAGUUAUUUAAACAGGAAAAACAAAUGCAGUGUAAGAAACAAUGGAAGAGGUUUUUAUCUGAGCUCGAAGUUCUACUACUAUAUCAACAUCCAAACAUCCUGGAAUUGGCUGCAUAUUUUACGGAGAAUGAGAAGUUCUGCCUGGUUUAUCCAUAUAUGAGAAACGGAUCACUUUUUGACAGAUUACACUGUGUAGGUAACACAGCCCCACUCUCUUGGCACACUCGAAUCAGUGUAUUAAUAGGAACAGCCAAGGCCAUUCAGUACCUGCACAACGCUCACCCGUGCUCGGUCAUCUGUGGCAGUGUAUCAAGUGCAAACAUACUUUUAGACGAUCAGUUUCAACCCAGACUGACGGGCUUUGCCAUGGCUCACUUCCGGCCCCGCCUGGAGCACCAGAGCGCCGCGACGAGCAGGACCAGCAGCAGCGGCAAACACCUCUGGUACAUGCCGGAGGAGUGUAUCAGACAAGGCAAACUCUCCACCAAAACCGAUGUCUACAGCUUUGGAAUCGUGAUAAUGGAAGUUCUGACAGGUUGUAAAGUGGUGUUAGAUGACCCAAAGCAUAUUCAGCUGAGGGACCUCCUUAUGGAAUUGAUGGAAAAGAGAGGACUCGAUUCGUGCCUCUCACUUCUAGAUAAGAAAGUGUUUCCCUGUCCUCGGAACUUUUCUGCCAAGCUCUUCUCUCUGGCAGCCCAGUGCGCUGCAACGCGGGCAAAACUGCGACCAUCGAUGGACGAGGUUCUAACUACUCUGGAAAGUACUCAAGCCUGCUUAUAUUUUGCUGAAGAUCCUCCCACGUCACUCAAGUCCUUCAGGUGUCCUUCUCCACUCUUCCUGGACAAUGUACCAAGUAUUCCAGUGGAAGAUGAUGAAAGACAGAGUCAUCAUUCACCGCUUCAUGACAAACAUUUGAGAGAAAAGAGAAUGACUCAGAAAAUUCCCUUUGAAUGCAGCCAGUCUGAGGUUACAUAUCUGGGCUUUGAGAGAAAGGUGGGGAGUAGGAGAAAUGAGGACGCUUGUAAUAUGCCCAGUUCUUCUUGUGAAGGAUGUUGGCUUCCACAGCAUGCAGCUCCGCCCCAGGACUCAGAGGCCUCUAGUAUGAAUGUGGACCUUUCUGCAGAAGCUCCAGGCCACUCUUACAGGAGCAGGCCUAUGGAGAUCAGCUGUUCCUCUGAAUUCCUCUGGGACGAAUGUGAACAGCUCCAAAAGGAAUCCGUUUUACCAGAAGAUAAAGAAGAAGGCAAGUGUGACUGAGGCCUGUGAGUACGGAUAGCAUCCUGGAAAGACAUUGCCUUCCCAAGUCAUGCCGAGAGGGUGACUGAUGGUGAUGUUGGUAAUAAUACAGACCAACAAUCUGGACAGUCCCAUUAUUACUUCCCAACUUGUAAAACGGUGUGCCUUAAAAAUGUGUUUUAUAGGGUAAUUGCCUCACGAGUAAACUUAGGCUAAAUUAGAGCCAUUCAAGAAUAUUUGAGAUCAUGGGCUCUAACUUCAGACCAACAAAACGACCAAAAGCUACCAAAAAGAGACUGGGUUCCAAUGUCUUCUUCAUCAGUGUGAGUCUUCAGGACCUUGUCUGCUAGGUUUGUUCCGUUCAGCUGGAUUCCAUUGUUUAGUUUAGCUUGCGUACAAAGGUUGUAGGAAGUGCCUAAUUUGUAAAUAUUAGUAGAUGCCCUUUAAAGAGUUGCCCUUUUGUUUGCUUUUAUUGAUGCUUUGUUCUUUUUUCUGUUCAUCUGGACCCAGCCUGCUGUCUGACAAUGAGCCAGGUUCACCCUUGGCUAUGACACGUUCGAUGCACAGAAGGGGUUCUUGCCCAAGAUCCGUAUUCUGUAUUUAAAUUCUUCAGGUAGCUUAUCACAUAUAAUAUAGUGAUUUACUGUUAUUAUAAGUUUUUUUAAAUAUAUGUACUUAGAGACCUACUAUAUCCUGAGUAGCAUGUGUGAAAUUCUAAUCAAAUAAUUUUUAUUUCUGGGAAAGUGGCUGGUCACAAGAACUAAGCAGAUUUAUAUUCUGUAGCUCCCAACUCUGCGCCCUGACUCCUGCACUUUCCUGGAUCUCUGCCUUUGAAUCUUCCCCAAUCCUUCAGGGCCCAGCAGAACCACCGUCCUUCUGGCGACCUCCCUAGUCUCUCCAGCCAGAAGUACUUUAUCAGCAUUUUCAUAGCAAUUAUUUGUGUUUCUCUUUUAUGCCAGUCACUUCCUGAGUUGUACCAAAGUUGUUCUGCCAUCUUCUCUCUUGGACUAGGCCUGUAAACUCCCUGUAGUAGUUUUCUAUUGUUGCUGAAACAAAUCAUCACAAACUUAGUGGGCUAAAACAACAUUAAUUAUUUUGUGGUUCUGGGAGUCAGAAGUCCUUGACAUUCCUUCUGGAGGCUGUAGGAGGAGAUUCAUUUUCUUACCUCUUCAAGCUUCUAGAGGCCACCUGCCUUCCUUGGCUCGUGGCUUCUUCCUCCAUCCUCAAAGCCAGCGAUGUAGCACCUUUGACUCUAGAUCCCCCUCUUUCUCUCUGACUUCUUUUUUACUGUCUCCUUCUCAUACCUUGGCCUUCCUGCCUCUCUCUUACAGCGGUCCCUGUGAUUGCAUUGGGCCCACAUAGGUAACCCAAGAAAAUCUCUGUAUCCCAAGAUCUUUAGUUUAAUCACAUCUGCAAAUAUCCCUUUUCACUCGUAAAGUAAUAUAGUCACAGUUUUCUGGGAAUAGGACAUGGACAUCUUUAGGGGCCGUAACUCUAUCACAUUUCCCGAGUGUGUAGGGGCCACCUCUUCAAGGCCUAGCAUGUUAUCCUAUACACAGCAAGUGUUUCCUUGUAAGUUGAAGUAAAGUAUCUCCAUGAAGUCAUGUAAUCAAAAACUCAGCGACAGUAAACAUUGCUGAUUAAGUGAACAAAGUGAGAAUGAUGAUUGUGUGUAUGAUGGUGGUUGAAAUACCGUAAGAAAACCAUUUCCAGAGGAUUUACAGAAUAUCCCUUUUCAGGGCAUUCACAAUACAAGGAUAGACCUCUAGCUGUCUGCAUCAGAGAAAUAGACACAAACCGUGUGUGUGUGUGUGUGUGCAUGUGAGAGAUGGGGUUCAUCCUAGUCCCAUUGGAGGCUGCAUUCAAGGACAACUGAUCAAAGAAAGAAGUCAUCAGGAAUUAGGGUCAGGUUAGCAGACCAAGGUCAGACACAUGGAACUAUAUACAAUUCUGGGGGAAAAUGACCUCAUGGCAGAAAGUGAGGUUCAAAACACAGUAAGCCUUAGUCUGACUGACAGGCCCCAGAAAGGCCCCAGGUAAGCGGUUAGGAGAGGCCACGGCCACAGGCGGGUAUGCAGGGGGCCUGGCUGUGGAGUACUGUCUUCCCCACCUGAGCAGGAUGGUACGUCUUCACAGUGCUCCCAAAUGGCCCCUGUGCUAAGACUAGUAGGGGAAGAGGUCUGGACUUGACUUCAUAGGAUUUUAAUUCUCGUGACCUGUCCUAGUUGGCAACUCUUGAUUAUUCACGUUAAUGAAAGGAAGCAGUAAAAACCUUUGGCAUUUGGCUUUAUAUAUUACAAACCAUUCUGAGGCUGAUUUAGCUUGUUUUAUAAGUAUUGUCGGGAAGUACCUUCAGUGAGAGGUCACUAACAAAGCUCUGAUUAACACCAGGCCUGCACCAUCACUGAGCACACGUGCGAUCUGUUGAUUUGAAUUCACUUAUUUGACUCAAAGCAUUGUUCUUUAAACUUUAAUGUGCAUCAGAAUGAAGUGGAAGUCUUGUUAAAAGCCCAGAUUGCUGGGCCCACCCAGCUUCUGAUGAAGUAGUUCUGGGGUUAGAAACUGGGCUUUGUAACAAGUUCGCAGGUAAUGCUGAGGCCACUCUGAGAACCAUUGCCCUAAAGUGUUCUCAGAUUGUUCCGGCUCAGAAGAUACUACCCUUCUAACUAGGCUGCAUAUUUUUUGAAAGAAGCAUCAGUUCUUUAUAUUCCAACAAUGUGGUUAACCUGUGAUCUUUUUUAUUAGAUCGCCUUGCUGGUGGGUGGGGUGAGUAUUUUGGACAUCUGAAGAGCCAAAUCAGAUUAACUGGUAAUACGCUGACUAAUGAUAUGGGAAGCAGAUGCCACCAUGGCUGGAAAUUACCAAUUUUCUACUGAGUGAGAUUGCCAAUUUUCUAGUGAGUGAUCCAGUCCUCCUGACUAGAUUUGCCUUCUAGUGGGUGUAUUAAAAAAUGUUGAUUAUGGUUAUUAUGUCUGGCAUUCUGUGAUGGGCAGUGAGGGAUACCGUACAGCUUCGUGAUGUGCAGAAUAAGAAACCAAGGAUGAGCCUCCAAGUAAGUUUCCCCUCUGAUCAGCAAACAUGAAUUAGUUGUUAAGAAUUCCACUCAUCUUCAUCCUUAUAAUGCACCGCGAGCAAUCCUCCAGGCAGGCUCUGUUAGAGGUUUUGUCACAUUUCAUGAUGCCCCAAAAUAGUUCAUUGUGUUUGAAAAUAGGUAUGAGAUUUCUGACAUAACCAAUUUUAUUGACUUGUUGAGAACUCUUAUAGUGAUCCAUGACUCGCCGCAUGAGUAGUUUAAUGCAGUGGUACAUCGGCCCGUGUAAAACAACUUUUGCGACCUGACUAUGGUGAGUACAGAAGUGAGGGUUGGUUACCCUGAGUAGUAUUUACUAAGCAUCUGCCAGAACCAAGGCACUGUAGCGAUUACCUGGAUACCAAGUAAGGGAGAAAAGACAUCAACUCCAGUAAAUUGUUGGGUGACAUCUGUUAUUUGAACCAUCAACCAAUGGGACUUAGGGAGGAGGGCAGAGAUUACCUUGCACUUUUGAAAGGCUAAAGGUGGCCUCUUAGAGAAGCUUGCUGGAACACAGACGGGAAUAAGAGAAAUAGAACUGAGUGCCCAGGAAGCGCUCCAAGAAGGCUCUCCAGAGAAUGGGGGGCCCACGGCUCCACAGGGCUGUGCACACCACCACCGCUGGGGUUGGGAGAAUGGGGUGAGGACAAAGGGAACUGGGUCCAGAGCUUUGCGUUUUUUCCCUGUUCAACCAUCACAACUACCAGAAGGUAUGAAUCCCAUUUUAUAGAUGACAAAAAUGACUCAGGGAGGUUAAGGAACUUACCUGAGGUCCCCCCAGAUCUGGAAGAUCCAGGAAUUGAACCCACAACUGCCUGACUUCAAAGCCCAAUGUUCUUUUCCUACGAAAAGGCAUGGAUGUGAAGUCAUUUGCUGACCACACAAAUUCUCAGCAAGCCUCGCCAUAUCUCCUGCCUUUAUCACUAUCCUGCUUGUCCGCCGCAGUUCCAUGCCAAUGCAGCCAUUUGAUGUAAAAAAUAUGAAUUCAUCCAUCCAUUCACUCACUGAGCAAACAUUUUCUAACAGCCCCCUUUGCAUCAGGCACUGUUCUAGGAGCUGGGGAGAUGAUGAAGAUCAAACCCCACAAAACACCCUGCCCUCAUGGCUUGUACACUUGACUGACGGAAUGAAUGAAUGAGUGGGUGAACAGGAAACACUGGGAGAGCUGUAAUCACAGUUCUAACUUUAACUGGCAGCUCUCCACGAGCCGCCGUCUCAGAGCGUCAUCUGGAUGCAGAUCCUGGCUCCUCCGCCAGCUCUCAUAUGGCGGUUCCGGAGGUUUUCUCCUUGUCCUGCUGGGUAGCUGAUCUCUCUGUGGCAGCCCUUCACUUUGCUAUUUGUGCACAAAGCAGUCUAUGACAUGCUUUGUGGCAGAUAUGACAGAUCUGUUCUUCCAAUGAGCAGUCAUUUUUUUCAGAGCAUUUGCUUGCUACGGGUGGCAUCUUCAGCAGGCUUCUUCUCAGUCAUCCAACACACCCGCGCAUGCCUCACCUUACUGUCUCCCCAUCAUGGAGCUGCCGUUCGCUUCUUUCCUCUCCUCCACACUAUUGAAGCUUCCCUGGGGACACAGGAUGUAUCCCGCUCAUUUUUGUGUCCCUACUAGCUAAUAUAGUGCUUGGUGCAUAAUUGACCCAACAAUAUUUAUAAAAUGAAUGGAUCAAAUAGUCCUUUGAAGCAUCUUCAAAAUCUUUGGUAUCUAGUGUAUCAUUGCUAACUUCUAAUUCUACCCAAAGUUUGUCUUCUUGAUACCCAUGCUAUCAUCAAUCAUUUUGCUUAAAUAGUUCCCGUUCAUCAUUCUUGGAUAAAAGUUAUUAACGUCAAACAUUAACAUAUGAGAUAUAUUUUAAAAGAGGAAUUGGGCAUUGUGUACAUUGCUCGUCAGUGUUUUCAUGGUAAGAAAUAUCCCCACAUGGUUUAUCAGGUCUAAGCAAUGAUAAACCAACAUUUUGACAGGUGAUAAACCAAUGUUUGCUGUAUUUUGUUUCCAUCUAUCUGUCCCAAAUCAUCGAUAUUUGAUGGUCUAUUGGAUUUGACAUGUGAGUAUUUUCUUGGGAGGCAUUUUCAUGUCAAAAGAUCAACAUUACCUACCAAACCUUAACAUAUGAGCCUUCCAAUUGAUGUCAUCUGCCUCACUCAUGGUCAUCUGUAUAAACAGCAACACUUCUAUAAAUAUUCUCAUCGUUUUUCAUUUGCUUAAUUUUAAAUUUUCUUAUAGAUCAACAUUUGAUUGGAAUGGGGGUAAGAAGGUAGAAAUAGCUUCCCUGCCACAUUGGCAGGUGCACGCACGUAUUUAAGCUUUAAGUACCUGUUGAGCUGGAUGCUGCCACCAUAGAUCAAGGAAAAUGAUCUCAAAGAACUUGACUCUUUUCCUGAGUCGCACUGAUGCUGGAAUGGGCACCACACUGAACACUGGUUAUUCCAUGGCAGGAAAUAUCUGCUCUGAAAUUUGUAACUUAAAAAUUGAAAGUAUCUUCUAUUUGAAAAUUUAAAAAUGGCUGAUAAUAUGUGUGUUCAUUAUUUUAUUAAUGUUAAUUUUACCCUCCCAGAUUGGCAGAUAUUGAAACAGUUGACAAGAAUAUAGGAAAAUAGACAUUCUUGUUCACCAUGGCUGGUGUCAAAAUUGGUACUUUUCUAAGAGAGCAGCAUGCAUCAAAUUCGGCAACAUGUAUCAAAAAUUUAAAUGAUACACUUUUACCCAGAAAUUUGUUUAAGUCUUUAUCCUAAUAAAUAAAAAUUACAUUCCUGUGUAAACAAGAUGGCAAAGAUGUACUUUAUGAUGUUUACAAUAUUAAAAAUUGGAAACAGCCUAAAUAUCUUUCAACUAAAAAUGGGUUACAUAAAUUAUAGUACAUAUAUAACACCGACUUAUAUGCAACUGUCAUGAAUGAUUAUUUAGAUCAUUAUUGCUAUGGAAAUUUGUCCCUGAAAUAUUAUUGAAUGAAAAAUCAGAUUCCAGAAUAGCAUGUUUAAUAUGGGCUCAUUUAUAACACUGGAUACUUUAUAAUAAUAUAAGUUUCAUAGAACUUUGCCAAAAGGUUAAUGAUAUUUUUUCUGGGCUAUGGUAUUUGGGUGAUCUUUACGUUCCUUAGAAUUUUAUGUAUUUGAAAUUAUUAUA